AUGACAACAAGAAAGAUAAUAGGACUUUUAGUGGGAUCUUUUAGAGCCUCGGGAAAUACCAAAGGUAUAGCGUCCUGGGUAGAAUAUUGCAUCAAGCAGUCUUGUCCCGACUCUGAAGUGAAGAUCUAUACUCCUGUCAAGCCGAUCAACAUUCUUCCUGAGUGUAUAAAUCCUGUUGCUCCUCUGGCUGUUAUAUCCCCCGAUGAUUAUGUCAAUCCCGUAAUCCGGCGGUGGGCGCAUGCAGUCUCUGAAUGUGAUGCUUACGUUAUCAUAACUCCAGAGUACAAUCACUCAUACUCUGGAUACCUCAAGAUAAUGUUCGACCAUCUCUUCAAUGAAUUUGGCGGGAAACCGGGUACCUUGAUUACGUUUGCUAGUAGCGGAGGAGAGAAUGCUUACAAACAGCUUAAAAACCUAGCUACAAAAUUCGGCAUUAGUCCAAUCGAUGGAAUGCACUUCUCUAUUCCUAGGUCAUAUAUCACCGGUAGAGACAGAAUAGCAGAGACAUUCUCACCAGAAAAACUUAUGGAGGAUCCGUUCUUAAAGGAUCUCAACGAUAGACUCAAGGAGAGAUUAAGUCAUUUGUAA